CUGAAGCUGAGAUCUCGCAUAUCAAAAAACCCUGGGCCCGCCACUGAAUAGGAUCAAUCACUUUUGGAUAUUUAUUCCACACAUUUAACACUAUUUGAUGUUGUCUCAUCAGUUGCAUUACGAUCAAUUGAUCCAUUUGUUACUGCUUUUCGAGCAUUAUUAAAUAGAAGUAAUGAUGUUUUAUUAUCAGUUAAUGAAACACGAGAUGAAACUUUUAGUGCUGAUACAUGUACAUAUGUACAUAAUUUAUUUGAUCUUAUACAUCAUACAUCAGUUGCAAGUCAUUUAUUCGUUUGCGAAGGAAUACAUUUAUAUGAAAGUGGUCUUAUAUUAGUUUUAUUAAUUGAACAAUUUCUUCCAUUACCAUUAAAUAAACAAUUAUUACCUAAAUAUUUACCAUUAAUUUUAUAA